GCACAGAUCCUGUGGAGCAUGGACACACCAGCAGAGGAAUGGCACGACACUGGCACCAGCAGUACAUUUGGCACUGAACAAGGAAUGAAGAAAAUGAGCAACAUCUAUGAAUCAGCAGCCAAUACCCUGGGAAUUUUUAACAGCCCAUGCCUGACUAAAGUGGAACUGCGAGUUGCAUGCAAAGGCAUAUCAGACAGGGAUGCCCUCUCAAAACCAGAUCCUUGUGUCAUCCUUAAAAUGCAGUCGCACGGCCAGUGGUUUGAGGUUGACAGGACAGAAGUGAUUCGGACCUGUAUAAAUCCUGUCUUCUCCAAGCUGUUCACAGUGGACUUCUAUUUUGAAGAAGUGCAGCGACUGCGGUUUGAAGUGCAUGACAUUAGCAGCAACCACAAUGGGCUGAAGGAAGCGGAUUUUCUUGGUGGCAUGGAGUGCACUCUUGGACAAAUUGUUUCUCAGAGGAAACUCUCCAAGUCCCUACUCAAACAUGGCAACACAGCAGGAAAGUCAUCUAUAACAGUGAUCGCUGAGGAAUUGUCUGGCAACGAUGACUACGUUGAACUUUCAUUCAGUGCACGGAAAUUGGAUGACAAGGAUUUUUUCAGCAAAUCUGAUCCUUUCCUGGAGAUUUUUCGCGUGAAUGAUGAUGCAACCCAGCAACUUGUUCAUAGAACUGAGGUUGUGAUGAAUAACUUAAAUCCAGCAUGGAAGACCUUCAAAGUGUCUGUAAAUUCUCUGUGCAGUGGAGACCAGGACCGCAGGCUAAAGUGCAUAGUUUGGGACUGGGAUUCCAAUGGAAAGCAUGACUUCAUUGGAGAAUUUAGCUCAACUUUCAAGGAAAUGCGAGGAGCUAUGGAAGGAAGACAGGUACAAUGGGAAUGCAUUAACCCCAAGUACAAAGCAAAGAAGAAGAAUUACAAGAACUCAGGCAUUGUCAUCCUUAACCAGUGCAAGAUCCACAAGAUGCAUUCUUUCUUAGAUUAUAUCAUGGGAGGCUGCCAAAUACAGUUCACAGUAGCUAUAGAUUUCACUGCAUCAAAUGGUGAUCCUAGGAACAGCUGCUCACUGCACUACAUCCACCCCUAUCAACCCAAUGAGUAUUUGAAAGCAUUGGUAGCUGUUGGGGAGAUUUGCCAAGACUAUGACAGUGACAAAAUGUUCCCAGCCUUUGGAUUUGGAGCAAGAAUACCCCCAGAAUACAAAGUCUCUCAUGACUUUGCAAUCAAUUUCAAUGAAGACAACCCAGAAUGUGCAGGAAUACAAGGUGUUGUGGAGGCUUAUCAGAGCUGCCUUCCCAAGCUGCAGCUGUAUGGGCCAACAAACAUUGCUCCCAUCAUCCAGAAAGUGGCAAAAUCAGCAUCAGAGGAGACCAACACCAAGGAGGCCUCGCAAUACUUCAUCUUGCUGAUUCUGACGGAUGGUGUCAUCACAGACAUGGCCGACACCAGAGAGGCCAUUGUCCACGCCUCCCACCUUCCCAUGUCAGUCAUCAUUGUCGGGGUGGGGAACGCUGAUUUUAGUGACAUGCAGAUGCUGGAUGGUGAUGAUGGGAUCUUGAGGUCUCCCAAGGGCGAGCCUGUGCUUCGAGACAUUGUCCAGUUUGUGCCAUUUAGGAACUUCAAACAUGCAUCCCCAGCUGCUCUAGCAAAAAGCGUUUUGGCUGAAGUUCCAAACCAAGUCGUGGAUUAUUACAAUGGCAAAGGGAUAAAACCAAAAUGUAUGUCAGAGUACGAGUCUUCCAGGACACUAGCUCCAUGAACCUGCCUGCACUCUUUUACAAAAUUAAAAAAGAAAAAUGCUACUGUCUACAACUCCUGUACUUAAAAAUGAAACAAAACAAAAAAAAUAGCACGUUUUGGUGAUUUUUAACUAAAAUAACCUUUUUCUUUUUUUUUUUUGCAUGUGUAGCCUAAAGGCUUAAAUCUGUUAAGCGGUUGUAUUGUUGAAAACUUUUUAUGAGAAAAAAAAUCCCGAAAAAAAAAGUGAACUCUUUACAUUACAGCAUGUCGCCUUGAAAUAAAAAGUUAUCUGUAUCUGGUUUUUAUACAGGUUUGUUGAAAUUUUGCUAUAUUUCUUAUCUUUACACUGUAAAGCAUUUUGAAAUAUUUAUUGAGAGUCAUAGACAAAAUGUCUUUGGUUUAAUCUGCUAAGAACUGAGAGAUUUUUCAAAAUGGCAGAUGCAUGAACUGUAUUUUGCAUGUUUAAAAUAAAAACAACACAGUUUUGCAGUUGUCUUUA